UCUAGCUAUUCCUCUGUAUACUUGGGUUUCAUAAAAUCAACAAGAUCAGUUACAGAAGAUUGACAAUGGAAAAAGUUCAAAAUCAGCACGAGGACAGUACAAAGAAUUUGGGAAAGAGCAAAGUCUUCAAUCAUUAAUGGAGGCUCGGUUGACAUCUCUCGCAGGUUUCCUAAGAGGGUAGGACGCAAAAGGGUAGAGAUAGACUUCAGCACUAUCAUGGAAAUACCUCUACGGUGUCGAACAAAUAUUCGUUCUCUAUCAACCAAAAUGAAAGUUGCCAAGUCCACUCUUCAUCGACGAAUAAAAGAAGGUGUUAUCAAAGCACAUUCAAAUGCAUUAAAGCCUCACCUUACUGAUGACAAUAAAUUGGUAAGACUCAAAUUUUGUUUGUCAAUGCUUCAACAAGAGAGUCUUAAUGAUGCACCUGUUUUCGAAAACAUGUUCAAUAUGGUUCAUAUCGAUGAAAAGUGGUUCUACAUGACUAAGGAGUCUGAGAAAUACUACCUACAUCCUGAAGAAAAACACCCUAUGAGGACUUGUAGGAGUAAAAAGUUUAUUGUUAAGGUUAUGUUUCUAGCUGCAGUUGCUCGACCUCGCUUUGAUUGUUCUAGAAACAAGCACUUUGAUGGGAAAAUUGGAAUAUUUCCUUUUGCCUUCAAAGAACCAGCUAAAAGGAAUAGCAAAAAUCGUGUUGCUGGUACUCUAGAAACAAAGCCUAUCCUAUCAGUGACCAAGGAAGUGUAUAGAAGGUGCUUAAUUGAUAAUGUUUUGCCUGCAAUUCGUGCUAAAUGGCCACAAAGUGAUGUUAUCAGCCCUAUCUUCAUCCAACAAGAUAAUGCAAAACCACAUAUUGAUCCAAUGGAUGUUGAGUUCAUAGAAGCUGCCACAAGAGAAGGUUUUGAUAUUCGUUUAUCAUUUCAACCACCUAAUAGCCCUGAUAUGAAUGUUCUUGAUCUUGGGUAUUUUAGAGCCAUUCAAUCACUCCAGCAUCAAGAAGCACCUAACUCUAUUGACGAACUAAUUUCUGCUGUUGAAAAGUCUUUCGAUGAAUUAUCAUCUGAAAGUCUCAACAAUGUGUUCUUAACCUUACAACUAUGUAUGCUUGAGGUGAUGAAGAAUUGUGGAGGGAAUAAUUACAAAGUUCCACAUAUUGGGAAGCAACGGUUGAUAAGAGAUGGAAAUCUUCCUUUGCAAAUUGGAUGUGAUAAGGAGCUUAUUGACAAAAUCAUCCAUUAUCUACAAGCAUGAAUGUACUGGUAUAUCAAGUCAUGGAUCAAGUUUCUGGACUUGGAUUAUGCUAACGCUUUUUGUGCAGAACAAGGGACUUGACUUUUGCUAUUAAUGCUUUUGUACAAAACAGGAGACUUGACUUUUGCUAGACUUUUGCUACUAAUGCUUUUGUACAAAACAGGGGACUUGACUUUUGCUAGACUUUUGGUACUAAUGCUUUUGUACGACUUGGCUUUUGCUAGACUUUGCUACUAAUGCUUUUGUGCAAAACAGGGGGCUUGACUUUUGGUCCUAAGUUAUUUUUGAGGGUUGCUUAUAAGAUUUGGU